AUGGCACGCUGCACCCCCAGCACGCUGCCCCCCAGCACGCUCCUCCCCCAGCACUCUGCGCCCCCAGCACGCUCCUCCCCCAGCACGCUGCCCCCCCAGCACGCUCCUCCCCCAGCACGCUGCCCCCCCAGCACGCUCCUCCCCCAGCACGCUCCUCCCCCAGCACGCUGCACCCCCAGCACGCUCCUCCCCCAGCACGCUCCUCCCCCAGCACGCUGCCCCCCCAGCACGCUCCUCCCCCAGCACGCUGCACCCCCGGCACGCUGCACCCCCAGCUUGCUGCCCCCCCAGCACGCUCCUCCCGCAGCACACUGCCCCCCCAGCACGCUCCUCCCGCAGCACGCUGCCCCCCCAGCACGCUGCACCCCCAGCACGCUGCCCCCCCAGCACGCUGCGCCCCCAGCACACUCCUCCCCCAGCACGCUGCACCCCCAGCACGCUGCCCCCCCAGCACGCUCCUCCCCCAGCACGCUGCACCCCCAGCACGCUGCACCCCCAGCACGCUCCUGCCCCAGUACGCUGCACCCCCAGCACGCUGCCCCCCCAGCACGCUGCACCCCCAGCACACUCCUCCCCCGGCACGCUGCGCCCCCAGCACGCUGCACCCCCAGCACGCUCCUCCCCCAGCACGCUCCUCCCCCGGCACGCUGCGCCCCCGGCACGCUGCGCCCCCAGCACGCUGCACCCCCAGCACGCUGCACCCCCAGCACGCUGCACCCCCAGCACGCUGCCCCCCCAGCACGCUGCGCCCCCAGCACGCUGCCCCCCCAGCACGCUCCUCCCCCAGCACGCUCCUCCCCCGGCACGCUGCGCCCCCAGCACGCUGCACCCCCAGCACGCUGCACCCCCAGCACGCUGCCCCCCCAGCACGCUGCCCCCCCAGCACGCUCCUCCCCCAGCACGCUGCCCCCCCAGCACGCUCCUCCCCCAGCACGCUCCCCCCCCCGGCUCAGUGUCACAGCAGACAGGGUGUGA